AUGGACAAGCGGAGUCCAUCUCAAGUUGUGCGCGCAGGGCCCGAGUCUUCGGCCGAGGAGCUCGACCCAUCAGAAGUUCCGUGGCCAUACUUUCAAAACAAAGUAUGGGCUCCGGUUUCCGCUCCCGCGACACCGCCGACGUCCGACCAUGUGGCCGGUGCCUCUAAACUUGGACGGAAUGGUGACGGAGAAGAUCGGUUAUCGCAGCGUCAGGCAUUCCAAAGUGACGGUGAAUUUCAUGAUGAAAACCGGGACGUGGAGUCCGAUGACCGGGUUUGCAGCGGGCAGCAGCAGCACUCCGGACUGGGACGAAACGAUAGCUGCGUUGAACGAGAUCAGUGCCACUUGUGGGGUGGUUGCUCGACAAUCUGCCCAACACCAACAGUAGAUGCCACACCCACACAAACCACCACACCAAACCACAAACCAAACCACAAACUAAACCACAAACCAAACCACAAACUAAACCACAAACCAAACCACAAACCAAACCACAAACUAAACCACAAACUAAACCACAAACCAAACUGCAAACUAAAGCACAAACUAAACCACAAACUAAACCACAAACCAAACCACAAACUAAACCACAAACCAAACCACAAACUAAACCACAAACUAAACCGCAAACUAAACCACAAACCAAACUGCAAACUAAAGCACAAACUAAACCACAAACCAAACCACAAACUAAACCGCAAACUAAACUACAAACCAAACCACAAACCAAACCGCAAACUAAACCACAAACUAAACCACAAACUAAACCACAAACCAAACCACAAACUAAACCACAAACCAAACCACAAACUANACUGCUGUUAG